GAUAAUGGCUGAGAAGAACUUCAGCCUCUAUUGGAUAAGAAAACGCAAGAACAUACAAAAAACCGCAUAUAAAUCGCAUUAAUACCGCAUCUGAUGAUUAUUUGGAUCUGAGACAUUCAGAUUCCCCUGAUCCUCUCCAGGUUUUCUAUGGAACAUUCCUUGUCAGCCACAAUGAAUAAAAAGAAGGCAAACUAGUCAGAUCCAACAGAGCCACUGAGGAAGAAGGUGGAUAUCCUUCGAAACGCGUCUGGCGUGGACCAAUUGGACCUGACUAUAAACCGCAACAGUUUGCCAUUUGAUAUUGGACAGAAGAAAGCGCUUUCUAGGAUUUAAAAAAAGCUUUAUGGACAUCGAGCAGACACCUAUGUACGUGACCGCACUAAAAGAGAGGUGGAGCACGUAUCCCAAUUAAGGACACCUAGGUGAACCUGCAGCGGAGUUGAACGAAUACCACCAGCAUUGUUACUCACAGCCGGACCUGGUAAAACACGGUAAUAUACCAGAGGAACCUGCAUUUAAAACAGCCAGGCCGUAUGCUAUCUGCGGCCCAGUGAUACAAUUUACCCAGAAUCUCCACCACGUGGGACGCCACGGUGAAGACGGCAGAAAGCCCGCAUGGUCCGCCCACAGUGAUGAGACAAGAGCAGAAACCUCCGGCCCCGUACACCCAAGCCAUCGGAUAGAGGAGCUGAGCCCUUGUUCCUGAUUUUGGGGGAGACCAUGGCCGAGCCCCGGAGGGUCCAGCUCUCCAGUGUCCCACGUCUGCAGCCGCCAUCUCCCAAGAAGCCUCGCAUGGAGGAGCCGGACUCGGAGACGUCGGUGGCCGCCACCGUUCGCAUUGCUCUGACGCUUUUCGAGCCGGAUCAGAAGAAAUGCCCCGAGUUCUUCUAUCCAGAACUGAUGCGGAAGUUACAGAGAAACGAGAAGCGAGCGGAGAAGCUCGAUAAGAAGCCGUUGGAUCCCUUCAGCAGCGAGGACGCCGCGAGGAAGGAAGUGGAGGCCUUAUCCAAGAAGUUUGAGGAGAAAUACGGAAAGAAACGGCGCAGGGACCGCGUGCAGGAUCUCGUUGACAUGGGCUACGGUUACGACGAGUCCGACUCAUUCAUCGACAACUCGGAGGCGUACGAUGAGCUUGUUCCAGCCUCCCUGACCACAAAGUAUGGAGGAUUUUAUAUCAACACGGGAACGUUGCAGUUCAGACAAGCGUCCGAAUCUGAAGACGAAUCUGUCCGAGAGAAGAAGAAGAAAUCUCCCAAGAAAAUGAAGGAGCGAGGAGACAAAGUGAAGAAGAGGAAACGAGAAGAAGAAAAGAAGAGCAAGAAAAGCAAAUGCUCGAAACCCGGGUUCACAGCUCUGAAUGGCACCAAGGAGAAGAAGAAGAAAAAGCUGAUGACCAAUCUCCAGGAGAUGCUGGCAAGAUUUGAAAGGGAUAAGAAAGCUUUUGAGACGUGGACGCCCAUGGUCACCGCUACCACCGAUGCACCCAAGACGUCCCCGAGCCUCCCCCCGCCACCCCCACGAGAGGCUGAGCCGGCGCCGGAUCCCCUGCUGUCCACCAUGGUGCCUGAAAGCAGGCUUCUCCAAGCGGCCAAUGCCUUCGCAGAGAAGAAGCUGGAAAGCCCGGACCCGACUCCUGAAAAAAGAAGCGGUAGCCCGCCAGGGGAAGUGGUCAAGGAGGAGUUUAAGAAGCCCCCGUCUGUCCUCGAGGGGCUGCCUCCUGCAAUUGAAAAGAAGAUUAAGGAGCUGGCAAAGUGGGUCCAGCUUCCUGAUGGCGACAAGAAGAUAAAACUGUUUUCGCCACAAAUGAACGCUGCUCUUCUAGACAUUUACCUGCAGUCUCGGGACCUGAGCUCCGGCCAGCGCUCUUCUGUAUUCAGCAAUCUCUCUUCCAUCCUCCCCUGCAGCAAGGAUAUGCUGGUGAGGUGGACCAGCCGCCUCUACUUACAAAAAAAGGGAGAGCGGUUGCGAGAACCUUUACGAAAGCUGAAAGAAGCGGUGGCGAAGGCGAUUCCGGAACAGAUCGUCAAGUAUCAUGCAGAGUUAAAGGUGCAUAACGAAGCCAGAUAUGCCAAGAUGUUGUCUGAAGACAAGGAGAAGGAGCAGAAGACGCUCUCGGAGGAGGAGGAAGAGGACAAGGGGAGCAAGAAAGCAGCCGGACCCCGCAAGAAGUUCCAGUGGACGGAGGAGAUCAGGCAGCUGCUGUGCCAGCUGGUGCGAAUGAAGGUGGAUAUAUAUGAGCCCGGGGGAUGUGGCGCCUCCAGCCUGGAGGAAUAUUUAAAGAGCUUCCUGGAUGAGGAGGUCAGACCUUUGUGGCCCCGCGGUUGGAUGCAGGCUCGGACGCUCUUCAGGGAGACCAGACGUGUGUACCCCCAGCUCCGCCCCCCGAUGGCAAAGAACAAAACGGUCAUUCCCCCGAAAAUCCGAGCAAAGGAAUCUUCUAAUAAGCAGGACAAGAGCGCUCCAGGCCCCUCUGCGGAAUCCCAAGGACCUGCGGUCACCACCGCCAGGGACAGUCCUGCCUCUGUUGCAUUUGCCGGAGGGUCCUUGGUGUCUGCUGACACUCAGGACAACUCCCUGGAUGGAGAUCUGAUCCACAACCCUCCCUCCCUGGAUGGCGUUUCAGAACACCUGACGGCUCUUUCGGGCAGAGCCUCCGGCCUGGUUUUUGAGUUUCCAGCCCCCUCGAAAUCUUCUGGUUCUGAAAAACCCAUCAUGGUGGUGGAGGAGAAGAAGAAGCCAUGCCCUCCUGUAUCUGCCACCAUUACUUUACAGCCAUCAGCACGGCCAGUUUUCCAUAAUAAGUUUAUGGCUACGGGCUCUGAGAAGAUGAUGAUGCCUCAGGUGUCCCUCCCAAAACCUGCGUCUGAAACGAAGCAGAAGGCUCCGUCUCAGCACCAACCGGGGCCAGCCAAGACUCAAGCUGCAAACCCGGUUGUGCAGUCCUCAGUGAAGGUCUACCAAAUGAGCAACCAAGCCACCAAGGGGAGCUUUACUCAUCCGAUCCAGAGUGGGGGCGCCAAGGUCUCCGCACCUUCACCGUCACAGCAGCCUCUCACCCCUCAGACCAAACCAGUCAAACCCCAGGGCAUCCCUCCUUCCUCAUCUCCUUCAGGUACCAGUCACAAGCCUGUAGUUCCUUUGGGAUUCAUAGUCAAGACUCCCAGUAACCCUGGCCUUGUUGGAGCUCAGGUCUACAGAGGAGCUAUCAACAGACUCCCCGCUCCUCCGCAUGGUAACACUAGUGGGCAAAAGCCCACCACAACCCUGAACCAACCCCCUACAUCUGCCAGUCGUAACCCUACCACAACACUGAACCAACCCCCUACAUCUGCCAGUCGUAACCCCACCACAACACUGAACCAACCCCCUACAUCUGCCAGUCGUAACCCCACAGCAACACUGAACCAACCCCCUACAUCUGCCAGUCGUAACCCUACCACAACACUGAACCAACCCCCUACAUCUGCCAGUCGUAACCCUACCACAACACUGAACCAACCCCCUACAUCUUCCAGUCGUAACCCCACCACAACACUGAACCAACCCCCUACAUCUGCCAGUCGUAACCCCACAGCAACACUGAACCAACCCCCUACAUCUGCCAGUCGUAACCCUACCACAACACUGAACCAACCCCCUACAUCUGCCAGUCGUAACCCCACCACAACACUAUACCAACCCCCUACAUCUGCCAGUCGUAACCCUACCACAACACUGAACCAACCCCCUACAUCUGCCAGUCGUAACCCCAAUGCAACCCUGAACCAACUCCCUACAUCUGCCAGUCGUAACCCCACGGCAACCCUGAACCAACCCCCUACAUCUGCCAGUCGUAACCCCACGGCAACCCUGAACCAACCCCCUACAUCUGCCAGUCGUAACCCCACGGCAACCCUGAACCAACCCCCUACAUCUGCCAGUCGUAACCCCACGGCAACCCUGAACCAACCCCCUACAUCUGCCAGUCGUAACCCCACGGCAACCCUGAACCAACCCCCUACAUCUGCCAGUCGUAACCCCACGGCAACCCUGAACCAACCCCCUACAUCUGCCAGUCGUAACCCCACGGCAACCCUGAACCAACCCCCUACAUCUGCCAGUCGUAACCCCACAGCAACCCUGAACCAACCCCCUACAUCUGCCAGUCGUAACACCACCACAACCCUGAACCAACCCCCUACAUCUGCCAGUCGUAACACCACCACAAUGUCCACCAAAAAGCCCCCUCCCCAGAAACUGACCCUGAUGGCUCCUCAAAGCUCUGGAGGAGGAACGCAAGGAGUGGCCAAGUUACUGACAUCCUCUAUGGUGGCUGGAGGAGGAAAUGCGACGUCGAUCGUCAGUUCACAGAAGGGCAGUGCAGCUCCUGGCUUGCUAGGCCCAGCCCCGCUGACCAUCCUGACCUCGUCUUACAAACAGAACGGCGUGAGGAUGCCCGCACCGGCCGCGCUCGGCCUCCUCUCCCCCAUCACCACCUUUCCUUUGCACGUCGUGUCCUUUACCACUGAUCCUCCUCCAAAAGCCAGAGCUUCGAAAGAUGCCAUUGUCACCGGGCCGGCCCCGGGCACCUUCAACCAUGGACUGCAAAGGAGUAUCCUGGGUGGUCUACACACCAGCACAGGCCAUCCUUCCACCCCCAUCCCUCACCAGGCCGUAUCUGGACACAUGCAGCCAGCACAGACAGCAGAUGGCACGCACACUCACAGCAAGGGAACUGUGCCCUCCCAGAUGAGACCUGGCCGACCGAACAACCCCUGAGGACCCGGGGGGAUUGAGGACUUGCAGCUUUUCCAUGACUCAGACUUGUUUUCUACUGGGCGGCAGCGGACGGACGCUGCAGCUUUUAUAUUUGUAGAAAUUAGAAUUUUUUUUUUUUUUUUUUUAAAUAGACCGGAUUUAUACCGCCGCGUCUGCUCCUUAUUUUGUAUACAUUUCUAUGGUGAUGGCCGGUAUAUGCAGAGCGGACCUGACAUUGGCAUUUGGGACAUUAGCAGUAGGUACAGGUAGGUGGGCGUCUCUCCCAUCCCCCUCUACGGGGGGGCAUCACAGUGUGGACGGACACGGGAGGCACCAACAGUCUUAUCUGUAAUUAUGUAGCAAAAAAAUCUCCAAUUGAGAUCAGUGGAUGGCGGCCAUUGCAUAUGAAGCAAAGGAUUCUGGGAGGGAGAGCGUUACGGACCAAAGUCUUCCAUGUCAUGACAAUCCACGAGACGGUUAUCAAUGGCGGGGGACACCCUGGAACGACAUGCACUAUGUGGUCACCCCCCCCCCUAUAGGCACUGACAAGAACUAUUUUUAAUAUUUUUUUUGCAAUAUUUGAGAACUAUGUGUUUUACCAGUCGUCGCGGGAGGCGGGGCUUCGCCGUUUCCUCCGGUCGUUCGUUUCUAGCACUCUGAUGGAGCCAGGGCAUUUCUGAGCUCAGCCUCUUGCACUAGUUUUGUACCGUUCUGCUGAAUGUUGGCGCUUUUGCUGUGUACGAUGGCGCGUGUGGCGGCACAACGCGUUUUUAUAGCUAUUUGAUAGUGGUUUUGAUACUGGAUUCAUUGUAGAAAUGUACGUCCGAGCUUCUCGCUGCAGUGCAGCUCUAUGGUGGAGGGUCUAAUCCUCAAACUGGGGAGCACUUAAAGGGGCUGUUUCAUCAAAGACAACCCCCCGUCAAUCAGGCGAUCCAGCUCCUGAAAAACAUUGCAGCAGAAUAUUACAUUCAUAGAAAAACAGCUGCAGUUUGUCGCAGUGUAUCAGCGCAGCUAUACCAGCCUGAAGGCCUGGACAGGAGGGAGAAUUUCCUACACUGAUACACUGUAAAAAUUCCAGCUGUUCGAGCCGGUCUAAAUGAUUGGCCCCUGAAUGUAAGCAAGGAUCUUUCAUUGCCUGACUGCUAGCAGAGAUCUUGAAAUUGGUGAAGAAAUAAAAAGCAGAAAACUUGACACUACGAUUAGGCUCCAUUUGAGUUUGGCCCCAGAACCCUUUAAUAUUCGCUCUUUGGGGCUCUUGUUUUCGACUCCCUCCUAUAAUCUUGUUUUGAGGGGGUCGAGGAUCUGUCCUGAUUGUUGGGGGGGGGGGGGGGGGGUGUCAGGGUUGUUUCUUAUUAAAUUAGAAAAGCAUAGCUGCUUUCUUCCAAAAACAGCGCCACACCGGUCCACAGGAUGUGUGUGGUAUUACAACCUUUUCCCAUUCACUUCAAUGGAGCUCAGCUGCAGUACCAGGCACAACCUGUGGACUGAUGUGGCACUGUUUUGGAAGAGAGAAGCCAUUUUUAUUUUUUUUUCUAAUCCUGGACAAGCCAUUUAAAAUGAGUAGGUGUCUCCACUUGUCUCUUGGUUCGAGGUGCUAGCUCUUCACGUAUGAAAAUCUGAUUACUAAUACCAGCUGUGGUAAGGGAUGAUAUCAAUCUCCUUCUCUGCUGGCAGCACAGAGUCAAUCCACUUCUGAGGUGAACUACUCCUGUCUGACAGUUUGGUUGCUGUGGAUAUGCGGCCUAGCAGUUACAACAGGGUUGACAGGCAGCAAGUCCCUAGUAACCAGUCUGUCUCGGAUUACUCUGGUCUGCAGCUCAAGGCAGGAUUAGCAGAAAGCAGAAAAGGUUCAGCAAUCCUGCCUUUGCCAGUCAUUAGUAAUCAGAGUAGGUGGAUGGUGGAUUUCAUGAGGAUGGCGAUUUCUGUUUCAGAUGCCUUGGAGCAGUUUAAAUUGUAUCUGUUGUAUAAGUUUACAUACCCUUCAGAGGGGUCGUCCUGAGAUUUAAACUUAAUCACCAAUUUAGGCUACUUUCACACUUGCGUUAUUCUUUUCCGGCACAGAGUUACGUCCUAGGGGCUCACUACCGGG